AUGAAUGUUGGCGAUGCUAGGUUGAUUCGCACAUUGAUAAGUAGAAUACAUUCAAAGUUACCUAUUACAAGCGGAAGAAAUUUAGAUGAAUUAGAAUCAGAUCCAAUAAUUCUAGCAACUGUUAAUGCUAUUAUUGAAUUAUCACGAUUAAGACUUCAUAUAAUAGUAAAUAAUUUAACCCGUAUUUUGGAUAAUAUAUCUAGGAUUGAUAACAAUAUUAAUGGUUCGUUUGAAAUUCUACAAUCACAACUAUACAUUUUGAAAAUUCUUUCUGCAUGUAUGACACAUCAUUGGAAGAAGCAUCGUCAAUCAUUGAUAAUAGAUACAGAAAUGAAAAAUUCGCAAAAUAAUGAUUCUAAUAUAAAUGAAUCACCAAUUGAAAAAGAUCCUCCGCCUUUAGAAGAUGAUUUGGCCAGACUUGUUUUAAAUGUUCUUUCAAAAUUUCUUUAUUUAAUGGCCGGACAAGAGAAUGUAAUGGAUAAUGGUUAUGGAACAAACAAUUAUUCAUCACAUAUUAUAUAUGAUACUGUUUGCGAAAUAUUUAAAAAUGCUGGCCGUGUGAUAUUUUAUAUAAGUUCGUCUAAUUGGGAUGUAGUGUUUGCAAAAAUCAAGGGUCGAAUUGGCAACUUGGCUGCUGCAAAUGAAGACAGACCUGAAAUCGCCGAACUUAAAUUAUUGGAAUGUUCAAAUUUAAACGCCAAAAGAUUGUCCAGAAUUCUGCAAGAACUAUGUGGUUCAUUCAUUCACUUGAGAAAGCAAUCACAAAUAACACUGGCAACAGUUCUUAGAAAAGCUAUUUGGAAUUGGAUUGAAAUAUUUCCUAGUGAAUUUAUAUCAUUAUGUCAAAAUCAAAAAAGAUUAGAAGGUGGUCCUGAAAUUUUAUUUGACAUAUUGCAUUCAGCAGCAUCUGAAAGUGUAAAUCGUAAAACUGCAUUUUGGCCAUUACAAACUAUGCUAUUAGUCAUUUGUCCUGACAUUUUAUUUAGUGCUUCUAUGUAUGAAAGGUCAGAUAGUGACAGAACAAAUACAAUAUCUAAAAAAGUACAAUUCUUGGAAACUUUAAAAGUUAGCUUAAAAGGAAAAGCUUUGUCAGACGUUGCUGCUUUAUGUUAUGUUGAUAUUUGUAAGGCUUCUACUUAUGUUUCCAAGGAAGAUAUUUCAACGUUUAGAAUAAUAGUUCCUGAUAUUGAAAAUGAUUUAAAAGAUAAAUUAUUUGAUCUAUAUAGACCAUUUCCUGAUGAACAUAAUAUCAAUCAAUCACUUAUGACAGAUUGCUUAACAGUAUUAUUCAAAUUAAAUCCAGAGACUACAUUAAACUCUUUAAUUCCAAUAUGUUUACACGUUAAUGCCCCUAAUGCUUUUAAAUUAGUACUUCUCAAGAGUUGCUAUUCUAUGGCUUUAGAGGAACCUCGUUUGCCUUUAAAUUCGCAAAUGGAAAUUAUGCAUUCGAUUCUUGCAUCUCCACUUAGAAAACUUUUUCAAGAUCUUGUGUCAAAUGUAGAUGUUAAUGGGCGUAGAAAUGGAAGAGCUGAUAGACACGACGAUUUUCUUGAAAGAUUAGAAAUUAUUCAACAUAUCUUAAAUUUAUAUCGAGCAGAUCCUUUGCUUGCAAUUGUAGGUAGAAAACCCGAUGAAGAAAAUCAAUCUAUUAUUUUAGCAAUCACCGAAUGUAUGAAUGUUUAUAAUGAUACCAUUAAAACUAUUGCAGCUGAUACUCUUUUACAACUUCAUAAUGUGAAAUUAAUUGAACAAUGGGGCCCUAAAGAAACCAGGAUGCAGCAUUUCUGGCACAUAAGUUCACAAAUUACUCUUGCAGUUGCAAAACAAAUACUCGAUUCUAAAGAACGUAACGAUAGCACAAAAUAUAUGUUAAACCUUUUACUUCAGCUUUUAAAGUGUCGUAAUCAAUUUCUCAAGGAUCAUACGGAUGAAUUAAAUAUGCGAAUUAACGUUCCAGAUAGAUUAACAUCUAAUAUAGCUCUUGAAGUUGCUUUGUUAGUUUUGUUGUGUUCUGCUGAUUCUGAUAUUGGCGUCAUGGCAAUAGGCUGUUUUAAUCAAUUAUGCAUCGAGGCUCAACUGACAAAUGUCAACGAUGUUGUACCACCACAAGAGAUGCAAAAUUAUCAAAUGACUAUUGUUGAAAACAUGGAAGUUUAUUUAGAAUUAUCGUCAUCAUGUCAUGUGACUUCAGGCCGGAAUGCCCAACAAAGGCGUAUUCGUAAGUUACUAAGAAUGAUGACUCAACCAACUGCCGGUAAUCUCGGUGCUUGGGAGGAGGCCUUAAAAAGAUGGAAAGAGUUGACUUUACGAAUUGCAAAGUCAGUACUAGAUCAUAGCGGCUUUGAUAAUAAUGAUAGAGGUAAAAAAAGCGGAUUUAUUGGUGCAGUGUUUGUUUCAAGCAGUGUUCCACCAAGACCAUAUCCACAACCAGCUGCUCUUAUUAAUAUAUCUGGGCAUCAAUUGAAUGAAUGGACCAAUUUUACUGGAUUCCUUUCUGCUCUUGGUGGUUGUUGUGUCGACAAUAAACUGCUAAAUGCCGAUUAUAAUCGUAAUAGUGAUUUUGUUACUCGCAGAAUUUCUUUAGUACAAACUUCUGAUUAUCAUCAUAUGGUUGAAAAGUUUGUUCAAGACAUGGUUGACUUACUUGUUUAUGAUGUUCCUUCUAUAAGAGAAGCUGUGAAAGAUACUCUUGGCAACGAAUUAAGUCCUAGAUUAUAUAUUAUACUUUUUCGUAAUUUUGAAUCCAUUGUAUCAAGGUUUUUAGAAGAUGAAGGUCCUAAGGAUCGAUAUACGUUGUUUGUAGAACAAGGCAUCAAUGUGAUGAUAUUGAUUUUAGAUCGUGUCCAUGAUGCAUCUGACAAUCUUUAUGCAUGUGACAUUGGCUGGUUGGUUUUAUCUUUUGCAAAAUAUCUAAAUAAAUUAGGUGCAAAUCAAUCUUCUUUAAAAAUCAAAAAAAGAUUGUGUCAACUUGCUGAAUCGUUGAUGCUAAAGAAAGAAUACAUAAAUUUGCGACAAGAAAUUAAAUUGCGCAAUAAACUUUUAGAAAUUAUUAUUGAAUGGACUUCUGACUAUUCAUUGAAAACAGACGGAUCUAAUGGUGCAGAAAAUAGUAGUAGUGCGCAAAAAAUUGAAAAAUCACAUCGAAGCUUGGAUCAUUCAUGUCUUAAAACAGUUGUAGAAUUAUUGGCUCAAUUACCAUUACAACCUCCUGAAACUCAUGAGACUGAUUUAAGUAAAGGAAAGUCUGGAUUAUUCAAGAGAUAUUUUUCAUUUUUCAUCAAAUUGUUAAAUAGAUGUCGUAUUUUAGAGGCAAUUGAUAGUGGUACUCAUUCUGCUAAAAAUAAUGAAGAUUUGCAAAUGUUAUUGUCUAGGUCUAAAGAAUAUGUUAAGGACCUUGGACCAUUGAAAGAUUAUACUAUUCUGGCACUCAGCAAUCUUUUAAGUGCAAAUGUAGAAUCUGGUUUAGAAAUUUCUUUAACAAUGGGCUAUCAUGAAGAUUCUAAGACAAGAACAGCGUUUAUGCAGGUUUUAACUAACAUUCUAAAUCAAGGUGUUGAAUUUGACGUUCUGACAGAAAAUGCAAUGAAAGAACGUUAUGAAAGAUUAAUUGAUAUAUUUGCUGGUCCGGAUUUUGAUUUUGCAUCAUCACUAUGUGAAGUUUGUCAUAACAAUGAACAGGACGAAGUUGCACGUAUUAUAAUCGUAGUUUUUAGUGCCAGGAACAAUUUACUACCAUUAAUGAAAACUAUUAUUGAUCAAGAAGUUAUGUCUACAGAAAAUGAACCAAGUUUGUUUAGAGGUAAUACAAUGACAACUAGACUAUUUUUGAUGUAUUCAAAAACAUAUUGUUUUGAAUACUUGUGUGAAACACUUCAACCUGUACUUAAUGAAUUGUUGGAAAAACCGGUUGGUUUUAGUUGUGAGAUUGAUCCUAAAAGACUUCAACAUGGUGAAAGUGUUGAAAGAAAUAUUUUAAAUUUAAAAAAUACAGCGCAAGCUUUCAUUAAUGCAAUUUGUUCGUCAUCUGAAACAAUCCCAAGAUUUUUUAAUCCAGCAGUUGUGGCACCAGAUUCUGUUAAUCUUUGUCGAAAAAUUGAAAACAAAAAUACUAAAAGGACUUUAGUCUUGGUCACAAGAAUAAUUCAACAUGUUGCCAACAAUAAUUUGUUUAGUGCGAAUGAACCAUUUUUGAUUGAGAUGAAUGAGUUUAUCAAAAAAAAUAUUGAUGAUGUUAAUAAGUUUUUACAGGAAAUUUCGCAAACAAAAGAUGCUAAUUCAGAAUCACCAAUGACGGAAAAAUCAACUUCUCGCGUGCUGCGCGAUUCGGACAGAAAAGCUUUGCACAAGAUAUUAUACGAUUGCCAGGAAAGAAUGUCAAAAGAUUUACAAACAAGAAGGAUUAAAUCAAUUGUGCCUGGAUUGUCAACAGAUCCUGAACAAAUUCAAAAUAAGAAAAAAUUAUGGGAUAAAUUAUCAACUUUGUUGGCACAAUUAGGUACACCUCCUGAAACACCAAAAAAAGAAUCAAGCUUAUAUGCAUAUAAUCAUCUAGCAAACAAUCACUUGUUCACCGAGUUCAUGAAAAGGCACUCUAAACGUAAUGUCGAGGCCAUUUCUUCUAGAAAAUUAUUUUAUGAAGGCGGAAUGUCAAAAGGACAAAGACCUGUAUUUUAUUAUAUUGCAAAUAGACUUGAAGCUGAAGCUACUGACAUUGAACUUUUAUUUUAUUAUAUGUUUCGAAUUACCGAGUCAAAAAUCGGAAGACCAUUUGAUAUACUUUUUGAUUUGACACAGUUUGGAUUAGCUAAUGAAAUUCAAGCACAAUGGGUCCAGCAAUUCAUUCAGAUACUUCCACUUGAUCUUCAUGAAUACAUUGCACAUUCUGAAAUUAGAUUACCGGAAACGACAAUGCAAUUGGAUUCCGAUAUUAGCCUUACAUUUACAAAUGUAACAAAAGCCAAUCCUUACAGAACAAAGCAGGAAUUGUUUUCUGGAACAUCUUGCCAAUUUAAUGAUGUCUAUCAUAUAUCGGAAAUUGAAGAUAUCAGCAAUCCAAUUCAAAGAAGUUAUGAUAGCGAAUUUAUGGUUAAACCAGAUCGUGGUAGACCUUCUCUUACUUUUGUUAGCGUAAGAAAAGAACAGAUUAUGCAGGCUUUGAAAGUCUCCAAGGCAAGAGAUCAAUAUGCUGGACCUAAAAAUAAUACUGAAAGAGUGGUUCGUCCAAGCAGUGUUCCAGGGACUUUAUUAAAUAUGUCUCUCUUAAAUAUAGGAAGUGAGGAUCCUAAUUUAAGACUUGCAGCUUAUAAUUUACUUGUUGCUUUAAGUCAUAUUUUUAAUUUUAAUAUUGGUAAUCAUUUGUUAAAUGCAAAAGGUUUAUGUAUACCUGCAAACAACACGGGUUUUAUUUUACGAUUUAGUGAAAAAUUAGCAUUAUCUGAUAAAACAAUCACGCUUGAAUUUUUCAAAGAGUUCUUUGUUGGGUUCGAACAUUCAUCAACUUCUCAAAAACACUUUUGUUUAGAAUACAUGGCACCAUGGUUACCAAAUUUGGCUGUUAUUGGUAAAAAUUCUUUAGAGAAUCAACAAAGAACUAGAGAAAUCAUUAAAAAUUUGAUCGAAAUGACUACCAAAGAAACAGAAAUGUAUAAUGCUAUUCAAUUAAAAGUUUGGUUGACAUUAAAAGGUGUAGAUGAAUUGACAAAUUUAAUAAUCGAUGAAUUUAUUACCUAUGCUGUCGAAAAUGGAAUCAGUUCAAUCCAGUCAGAAACUGUUUCAAAUACGAUUGUCACCUUGUCUUCAGUUAAUGUUAGAGGAAAAAUUAUUGCAAGACUUAGAAAGGCAAUUGCAAGAACUUCGAUUAAUCAAACAAGGAAUCUGACAGACAAUACAGCAUGGCCAGAAAUAGCAAUCUUAAUACGGUUCAAUUUGAUGCUAUCCUUUAACAAUCGAAUACAUAUUCAGAAUUAUUUACCAGAGUUAUUUCAAGUAAUUUCAUUGCUCGUUUCAACUGGCCCUCCACUCAUCAGAGCAUCUGUACACGGUCUAAUAGUUAAUCUGGUCCAAUCAUUAUGCACUGCCUCUCCACUUGACGAAACCAAUAGAAAAAGAUUAACUUUGUUAUUAACAGAAUUAUCUGAACCAAAUUUCAGGUUUUUCUUUGGAUUAAAUAAUUCACCAGGAAAUGCAUUUCUAAUAUCAGCUGAAUCUACACACGAAUUAACAGAUAUCAUGCCGUUAAGUUCUUUAGAGACUAUAGUGCAAGCUCUCUUGGAAGUUAUGAUAUGUGGUGCACCAUCUAUUGAUGUUUCAAAUGCUUGGAGAGCAAGAUGGAUGGGGCUUGUAACUAGUACAGCAUUUCAGCAUAAUUUAACAAUACAGCCCAGAGCAUUUGUAAUACUUGGAUGCUUAGCGAGAGAAGAAGUAGAUGAUGAUCUUUUGUAUCAAAUUUUGGUAGCUCUUAAAGGUGCAUUGUAUAAUUUUGUUGAAAAUGACUGUCUAUUGAUAAUUAGUAUUGUUAUGUGUUUGACUAAAAUUGUCGAGAAUCUUCCAAAGGAGUCAAAUUAUCUUCGACCAAUGUUUUGGCUAGCAAUGGCGUUAGUUCAAAUUGGUCAUAUUACAAUAUUUCCUAGUGCUAUCAAUCUAUUGCAAGUUGUGCUGAGAGCAUUAGAUCAACAUAAUCUUUUUACAAAUCAAAAUUUAGAAACAGUGUUAUUAGAAUAUCGUUCACUAUUCAAAACUUUAGCAACUCAAAUGGAUGCAGAGGCAGGAAUAAGCUAUGAAUAUUUUUCAUUUGCCGUGGCAGCAGCUUUAUUAAAAGGAUUAAAAACUCCAUCAACAAAAAAUAUUACACAAGGAGUAUUGAUUUCAUUUUUAAAUACGGCAUCAAAAGGUGUUGUUUUAACAGAAGGACAACAAAAUAACGUGCAUUCAUGCAUAUUAGGAUAUUUGGCAGCCUUGUUGCCUUUAUCAGCAAGAAAUGGAGAUAUGAAAGAAUUGCUUUGGUUAUGUGGGAUAUUUGAUACUGAAAUUGAUAAUUCAGAAUUACAUUUAACCUACUAUAAAGUAUUUGACAAGUUGGAUAUACCAAAUCCCGAAUCAGCUUUAUUGCUAAUUUCCUUAAUGGUAACAAUAUUACAACAUACUGAUGAUGAAUCAGAAAAAUUGUUUUUGUAUGGAUUUUUGGGUGAAGCUGCUGUCAACUAUGAGAUAUUACAUCCAAAAAUGAUACAAAUUAUAACAACCAGCGAUACAAUACCAGUAUUAGACAUUGUUCAAUCAAUAUUUUAUACUGUCACAUCAAAACCUCACUUAUAUGUUAGAAAUCAAAAUGUUAAUCAAUUAAUGCAUCUUGAAUCGUUGGGAUUUAAAUAUCUAACAGAUUCAGGAUCAUUUAAUAAUUUUUCAAAAGAAAAAAUGAAAAAUAAUGCGAGAUUAGCAAGUAAAUUGGUUAAUGCAAUACUUUGA